GUAAACUCUACCGCUGCAAUGCGUUUAAGGCAAUUUUUACACAUGGACUUAAGGUGGCGCACUUUCAUUGUGACGUUUUCAAUUGCUUGCUGCACGUUUUUUUACAUGUUCCAAAUCACGUCUCGUAAAAGCCGAGUAAUCGUUGAAGGCAAGUUCACAAAGACAGAACGUUGGUUCCACAAUAAUGAUGCUGGGGAAUCAUUCGAUUUACAAGAAAGGCAACAUAUAAGAAACGCUAUGUCGGAUGUAGAACAGAUUCAAGCAAUGGUCAGACAUCAGCUCAUUAAAAUUUACCAAGAAUCACCAAAGGCGCAACCUCUCGUGAUUAAAAUGAUUAAACAGUUUCUUCCACUGAAAAGUGCCCUGACCGCCGAAAUCGAAGAGUUAAAAGAGCUAACAAAGCAAGAGGAUGGAGAAUUAUUCAAGAAACUAAGGAAGACUGUGGCAAGAAGAAUUGAUCUCAACCAGAAUCCUGCAAAAUGCUCUACAGCGAAGAAGUUGUAUUGUAAUGUUCAAUCCGCAUGCGGAUUUGGUUGCAUCAUACAUCAUUAUACAAUCUGCUUGUUCAUAUCUCUCGGUACAGGAAGAGUAAUGAUGUCUAAUAUGAGUAACCUCGCUUACCCAAACAUGGACAAGAUAUUUCUUCCACUAAGCAGAACAUGUUUAACAGCUGAGGGAAACGUUGAUGACUACCCGGAAUGGGAAAGUCCAAACGACGAGCAUCCAAGUUCUUCAGACGCACCAAUCGUAAAGGUGUCUAUCGUUUACCACAGAGAUAGAAAAACGCCAUUCGCUCCCUGGACGGUGCCAAAGGAUUUAAUUCCAAGUUUAGAACGGAUUCACGGCAAUCCGAUGUUAUGGUGGAUCGGACAGUUGCAAUCUUAUCUUAUGCGACCUCAAAAAUGGCUCUCUGAUUCAAUCAAAGAAGCGAAAGGCGAAGAAUUUCAGCAUCCGAUAGUGGGGGUACACGUUCGAAGAUCUGACAAAAUAUCAGAAGCCUCAUAUAUGGCGAACGACGCUUACAUGACAGCGGUAUCAGACUGGUAUGACACCUACGAGAUGCGACAUCCAAACGAAACUGUCGUCAGAAGAAUAUUUCUUGCAACCGAUGACAUAUUGAUCGGAUCCCAACUCAAGAUUACCUACCCAAAAUACAGGAUUGUGCAGAUACAGAAGAACGCUGUUGUUGCGCUUGCGAAACGUUUCAGCGGAUCUGGUUUGGAAGGUAUUCUACAAGACGUUUUCCUGAUGGCCGAAUGCGAUUAUUUUGUUGGCACAAUGUCUUCAAACGUUGGAAGACUUGUGCACGAACUGAUGCAGACACGCGACUAUGAUACAAGUAAUGCUGCCAUCACAAUUGACCACUCGUUCAGAUAUUAUGGCCAGUUUCCGGAGAGACAUUUAGUUUUAAAUGACCACCACGCUGAAAACCCCUGCCCCCCUGAGUUCGAACCUCUACCUCCCAACCAGUUCCCAAAAUAUGUGAGAGAGAGAUUGCAAUUGGAAAAUAUUCUCAAGCAAGGGUGCGAGGUGGAAUUACGAAAAGGUGAUAUAAUUGAUGCGUGGCCAGAACUAAACAACAACUACAUGAGAGGUGGGGUGAACAUUAGGAGCGGUCGGUGGGGUCUUUACCCCAAGUUUAAGGUGAAACAAAUAAUCGAACCAGCCCCUUAUCCAGUUAUCGAGAAUACAAGUUUGUAACAAUACGAAAGAACAAUAUAUGAUUGUGUUUUCAAUGUGACGUCAUAUGAUUUCACUAUAAAUAUUAAAUUCUUUAAGUAUCACUGUAUAUUACCGCUCACGUGACUUAUUUAAUGUUUGCAUUUCGAUUUUUAAUUUGACAUUCAAUAAACUUCCAUAUUCGAGUGCGGCAAUCGCCCUGCGCGG